AUGGCUGUUGAACAUAUUCCGUCAAUCAUUUCCGCCUUUGGGGCACCAGACUAUCGAGACUGGCUGCGAUUGCCCGCACGAAAGUCAAAUGAGGAAAAAGAUCUCAUAUUUAGACGCGAAAUCAUUCCCUGUCUGAAUGACUACGCUGAAGGCGGUUUGUUCACAAGAUUUCAGGAAGCGCAUGCAUGGGUUACUGCUUUCAUCGACCCAGCGUCAGAUUUUGAGGACGCGCUCCUUGAACUUGAGAGGGAUCCAAAUGCAGCAACAAUCACUCUAGCCGAUUUUGUAAAACAUCUGGCUGGCACGAUAAUUACAGUUGCUUGGCAAGAGAAUAUGCGCUCCUUUGUACAGAUGUCGCAGCUGGAUGACAACUGGAUGACGGAGGUACGGGACGCCUUCGAAGGAGCUCUUCCAAAGCUCGCGGAGCAUCAGGCAUGGUGGGUUUUGUGUGGACGACUGAGACUUUUCAGUCUCCAGGUCGGUUGCGCUUCUGCACAGCAAGAUCCUUUGGACUGUAUCUCGGGGGUGCGUGCCCAUGUUAGUUCUAGCAUCUCUGCGGCUGGGAGUACAAGCCUCCUUAAGAAAACCAGGGCUCAAGCACAAGGAAAGCGACAACAUGAAAAUUAUCAUAUCGCAUGGAUCAGUCCGUUGGAAGUGGAGCAGAUUGCUGCAUUAGAAAUGCUCGACGAACAGCAUGGGCCGCUACCCCAGCCUCACACCGAUAAUAAUGUCUACACUCUUGGCAGUAUUAAGGGCCACAACGUGGUAAUUGCAGGAUUGCCUCAGACGGGCAAUAACUCAGCUGCAGCGGUUAUUACCCAAGCGAGAACAACAUUUCCAAACUUAAGAUUCUGUCUCUUAGUGGGAAUUGGAGGCGGGGUACCAACAACAACUGACAACGGAAUGAUCCGACUCGGCGAUGUUGUGGUCAGUAAGCCGUCAGGAGAGCACUCCGGUGUGCUGCAAUACGACCAUGGAAAAGCCGAAGUGGCUCGUUUUAUUCGCACUGGUGCGCUUGCUCCACCGCCAGCAUUACUUCUUAGCGCUGCUCAGGCCCUUGCCGCUCAACGCGCAAGGUCAGGGAAGGACUCUAUAUUGAGUAAUAUCCAACGGAUCAACACCAAUAUCAGAGGGCUGCAGAGGUAUACGCGCCCUAUUUCAGCUCUAGACGCCCUGUACCGACCUGAAUAUACGCAUCUUGAUCGGGAGCGUCCUUGCACUCAGUGUGGAUGUGAUCCAUCCCAGCGCGUGCAGCUCAUCGAUAAUGGAGAUGAUAAUCAUUUUUUGGUUAUUCACAGGGGCACAAUUGCUUCUGGCGAGCUGGUUAUCAAAGACGCUAGGCUGAGAGAUGCUCUAGCCGAACAGUGUAACAUCCUGUGUUUUGAAACAGAAGCUGCAGGCGUAUUAGCAAAUUUCCCCUGCCUUGUUAUUCGUGGUAUCUCAGACUAUUGUGAUAGUCAUAAAAACGAUUACUGGCACGGGUACGCUGCCGCCACUGCUGCUGGAUAUGCAAGAGAGCUUAUCUCUUACAUUCCAAAGGAUAUGUCAGCCUGA